GCUGGAGCUUCGUUAGGCCACACGGAUAUGGCUGGGCAAUGUCCUUUGGUUCACGCAGCCAGGCAUGGAAGACUGUCGGUAGUCGGUUAUUUAUUAGCCUGCGACUGGGUUGUCCCAACGAACGAAAGCGAGUUGGAAGGGUCCCAGGAAAUUGGUAGAGAAGAAGCCGCGCAGCAAGCCGUCGUCGCAGCAGCCGCGCAAGGCCACGAGUCUAUCGUGGAAUAUUUAUUAGACAUGGCAGAGGUGAUCGUGGACCGCCCGGACACGCUGAUUGGCGAGACCGCGUUGACCAUCGCGGCUGCGAACGGUUCCACAGCUACUGUCUCGGCGCUGUUGGCUCGAGGAGCCAGGCCAACGGCUGUGAACGCGAAGGGUUUGACUCCUCUGAUGUUGGCCGCGAGGGAAGGACACUGGGGAACCGCUGAGAGACUCCUACAAG